GAAUGAUAAGUCUUGUACGACACUCUCACCUCUUACCUCUCUGCCAAAUCGCUCUCUCACCUCUCCAGAGUGCUCUGUUCUCAAUCCCUCAACCUCAUUCAAGUGAUUGAGUUUUAGUGUGCUGGGUUUGAAGAUGGAGUUGGUUCAGUUGGAUAGAAUUAGCAGUUUGCCGAAUGAGGUGACAGAAAAGAUUUUGUCAUGUUUACCGCUGAGGGAAGCAGUGAGGACAAGUGUUUUAUCCAGCAAGUGGAGGUACAAAUCGGCCAUGCUUCAAGAUCUAAUCUUCAAUGAACUUGCGUGGAGGGAAAGUCACAAUUAUGAUGAUCAAACCUCCCAAACCUUUGCCAACAUGAUUGAUCAUGUGCUCUUACUUCAUAUUGGCCCCAUUCGCAAGUUUGAUUUGUUUGUUGUUGAGGUAGCCACUCGUGAUCUUGAUCGAUGGCUUACUCAUCUAUCAAGAAACUCGAUCAAAGAGUUGGUACUUUGUAUUUGGAUAUAUAAUUACCGGAUUCCAUCAUGUGUGUUUUCUUGUCAAGAUCUGGUUCAUCUGGAGUUGGUUAUGGGUCCAGACACUGAGGUUUGUCUCAGACCUCCAUCAACAUUUAAAGGAUUCAGGAGCUUGAAGAGUCUUCAACUAGGUGGCAUCAACAUGGCCCGGCAUGUGUUUGAAAAUUUGGUGUGUUGCAGUCCUCUGCUUGAGAGAUUAAUAUUGCAACAUUGUAACGGUCUAAUGGUUCUGAAUAUCGUUGCACCAAAUCUCAAAUUUUUAGAUAUUUUCGGUGCCUUUUAUCUUGUCAACCUUAAGCGUACCCUGAAUCUUGCUGAUGCUUCAUUCGCUGUUCACAUCGAUACUGAUGGUCCUAACCAAAGAUGGGUUCCUGAUGCUUGGAUUCCUAGCAGUUCUAGCAAUUUGCUCAAACUUUUUGACCACCUCCCUCAUAUUGAAAGGCUUGCAUUAAGUUGGACACCUUGAAGGUAAUUUAUUUGCUAGCUGGUAUUAUACUUUUAUUUAGUGUAUUUGUCUCUUGGUGCCUUGCCAGAAAAGCUUCCUAAAGCAUGUGAAUACCUGAAAGUUCUCUCUAUGGUUAUAUGCUUUGAUGAUCCGGAUGCAAUUUUAACUGCUCUAUGCAUUCUGAGAAGCUCCCCUGCGCUGCAGGAACUAGAAGUUCUCGUGGACCGCGGAAAGAAACUCACAAGGGCACCCGGUGUUGUCGAAGCACAGAAAUCUUCUAGUUUAGAAGUGAGCUACAAUUGUACACAUCCUGAACUGCGGCUUGUGAAAAUAAGUAAUAUCUCUGGUGUUAAAGCGGAACUAGAUUUCAUCAAAUUUCUACUUUUAGGUUCACCUCAACUUGAGAGAAUGACUGUCACACCGCCUGAAUUUCCUCAACCUGCUUCUGUGAAAGGUUUUCCAAAACUAGUAAAAGAGCUGCUCCUGUUUAAACGUGAAUCAAAGCAUGCAGAGAUAGUUCUUCUGGACCCAUGAUUCUUCAUUAAUGAAUUGAAUCAGUCAGAGAUUCUGGACUUCUGGUGAAUUGAAAUUGGGUUUGGAGUAGUACCUGUAAACGCAUGCUUGUCGAGACAAGUUCUCAUGUUUUCCAUCGAUAUUUCCACUGUGGAAGUGUGAAUGGUUUCUAUAUUUGAUAUGGUUUCCUUAUCAUGUUUUGCCGUUUCAGAGUUGAAGCUUGUUCUAUUAGAAAACUUUAGGAAUGUCUUUGGCUUUGAAUCUUUUAAGUGCACUAUGAACUUGUUUAGCAUUGAACAAAUACAGAGCACCAUGAACUUGUUUAACCUUGCAAGAAUGCAGU